AUGGAAAGAACAGAUGAGAUUCAGUAUACAGAGGAGAAAUCAGAUGGGGGAGCAAAGAGUUACAAAGGCGCACUUUGGGGUUCGGGAGAGAGAAUGAAAGACAUCACAGAUCAGGAAAAACCGAUUGAAGAAUCUUCCAAGGGGAAAGGAAAGGUAUCGGAAACCCGAGAGGAGCAGAGAUCCUCUCGAUCAGAGGGGUUGCAACGGAGGCCAAAUGGUGAUGUUUUGAGGAGAUUCUCUAUACCAUUACCACCAAGAGAAGACAGGAUAGGGAUUCAGGCCGAGGAGAGAGGAGGAGCAGAAGAUGAUCAGAUCGUCGAUUUCGAAUCAGACCCGAAGGCGCUUAUGGUUGAUAUUUCCGGCGACUUUGAUAUCGCUGAUCUGGAGGAUGUGUUAGAGGAGGACGGCGAAACUCAACCUGCAGGUAUUGACAGUAAUACCAUUGAGACGCUCAAUCUUGAUCAAGGGUAA